AUGGACCCCCCCCCAUCCCCGGACCCCCGCCCCCUUUUCCGCGCCCUCUCCUCAUUGGCUUCGGACAACGCCGCCUUCUUCCUCACCACGGACACCGCCGUGGGCCGCCGCUUCGCCGCCGCCUUCCAACUCCUCCGCCAUCACGGAGGCCGCCUGGAAGGCCCUUUGAGACACCUCCAACGCCUCCAACACCUUUUCGACCUCGACCCUUCCAGCCCUGGCAACGGCUACAGGAGUUUGGUGGCCGCCACGCGGCGUUGCGUGGCCCACGCCGUGGCCAAAUGCCGUUACGUGGCGGCCCGGAGGCACAGCGUCUUCUUUAGGAAGGAACACAACGCAGCCGAAUUGGAGGCCUACGGGGCGGCUCUGGGGCAGCUGAGGGCUUUGCUGUGUUUGGCUCAGGGGGUUUUGGCCUCCAGCCCAAAGGGGGCGCUGUUUGCUUCCGAAGAAUCCGGGCUGGGGGAGGCGGUGCUGAGGGAGUACAGCACCAUGCACUCGGGGUGCUUCUAUGGGAGGUGUCUCGGGUUCCAGUUCGUGCCAUCCAUGCGGCCGCUGCUGCAGACCAUCGCCAUCGGGUUGGUGUCCUACGGGGAGGCCUACAGCUGCGGGGGGGCGGGGCUGGGCGCGGCUGCCGGCUCGCUGUUUGCGGGGGGCCGCCUGGCUUUGGACCCGGAGCUGCGCGGGGCGGAGUUUGAGCGGCUCACACAGCGCCUCGACGUGGGCUUCUGGAAGAGCUUCUGGGGGCUGACAGAGAGCCACCUGCUGGCCUCGGUGGCGGCGGUGACGUCCCCCCCUGUGGGGCUGUGCCGGGUCCUGGAAGUGCCCCCCGACCCCAUAGAGCUGCCCCAGGUGGGGGGCGAACCCGGGGCCACCGUCACCAUCCCCCCCCCCGUGGCUCACACCGGGCCCGGCCCCGUCCACAUGAGGCUGCUGUCCUACCAGCUGCGAGAGGGGCAGGACAGCCCCACUCUCGCCGCCCUCUCCCGCCCGGAUGGUUCCCGUUCCCCCCCCCGUUGGCGUCAGACCCCCCUUCUUCCCCCCUCCCCGGCCCUCCUGGUCCAUUUCCACGGGGGGGGUUUUGUGGCUCAGACGUCGCUGUCCCACGAGCCCUACCUGAGGGGGUGGGCGCGGGAUUUGGGGGUCCCCAUCCUGUCCGUCGAUUACUCCUUGGCCCCCGAAGCCCCAUUCCCGAGGGCUCUCGAGGAGUGCUUCUACGCCUACUGCUGGGCUCUGCGCCACUGCCGCCUGCUGGGCUCGACGGCGCAGCGCGUGUGCCUGGCGGGGGACAGCGCCGGGGGGAACCUCUGCGUGACGGUGGCGCUGCGGGCGGCGGCCAUGGGGGUGCAGCGGCCCGACGGCAUCAUGGCGGCCUACCCCGUCACGUUGGUGCAGGCGGCCGCCUCCCCAUCGCGUCUCCUCACCCUCCUGGACCCACUGCUGCCCCUCGGGGUCCUCCUCAAGUGUCUGAGCGCAUACACAGGCACCGAUGGGGACGCGGACCCCUCCCCUCCCCCCCCCCCCGAGGGGGGGAUCCUGAAGCGGCUCCGCAGUGGGGCGGGGGCGUGGCUGGGGGCGCUGCUGCGGGGGGCGGGGCCAGAUCCCCGCCCCGCCCUUACCGCCCCCCGCCCCAGCAUGGCGGUCCCACGUGACCCCGCUGCCGAAGAGGAAGAAACGGAAGAGGAGGAGACGGAGGGCGGCGGAAGUGACGUCACGGCGGGGGCGGCGCCGUACCCGGCGGACUUCCGGCCUCUCCGUUCGGGCCUCCCUCCCCCCCCCGGCUCCCGGCCCGCCCCUCCCCCCGCCCUGUCGCGACAUCCGCUCGUAUCGCCGCUGCUCGCCGCCGACGGGGCGCUGCGCGGACUGCCGCCCGUCCACAUCGUGGCGUGUGAGCAGGACCCCCUGCUGGACGACGCGGUGUCUUUGGCGCGCCGUCUGCGCUCCCUUCAGCUGCCCGUCUCCCUGCGGGUGGUCCCGGCGCUGCCCCACGGAUUUCUCAGCCUUUCCCCUCUGUGCCCCGAAGCCCGCGGGGCGGCCGCGCUCUGCACCCGCCUCAUCCGGAGGGUGCUGUGGGGGGGCCCAGGGGCCGACUUGGGGGGCAGGAGGGACAGCACGGCCCCAUUGGGUGCUAUGGGGAUGGGGGGGGACUUGGGGGGCAGGAGGGACAGCACGGCCCCAUUGGGUGCUAUGGGGAUGGGGGGGGACUUGGGGGGCAGGAGGGACAGCACGGCCCCAUUGGGACCCAUAGGGAGUGGGGUGGGGGGCAGGAGGGACAGCAUGGCCCCAUUGGGUGCUAUGGGGAGUGGGGGGGACUUGGGGGGCAGGAGGCACAGCACGGCCCCAUUGGGUGCCAUGGGGAUGGGGGCAGACUUGGGGGGCAGGAGGGACAGCACGGCCCCAUUGGGACCCCUAAGUUGUGGGGUGGGGGGCAGGAGGGACAGCACGGCCCCAUUGGGACCCAUAGGGAGUGGGGCCGACUUGGGGGGCAGGAGGGACAGCACGGCCCCAUUGGGAGCUAUGGGGAGUGGGGUGGGGGGGAGGAGGGGCAGCACAGCCCCAUUGGGAGCUAUGGGGAGUGGGGCGGACUUGGGGGGCAGGAGGGACAGCACGGCCCCAUUGGGACCCAUAGGGAGUGGGGCCGACUUGGGGGGCAGGAGGGACAGCACGGCCCCAUUGGGUGCUAUGGGGAGUGGGGUGGGGGGCAGGAGGGGGAGUGAGGCCCCAUUGGGAGCUAUGGGGAUGGGGGGGGACUUGGGGGGCAGGAGGGGCAGCACGGCCCCAUUGGGAGCUAUGGGGAGUGGGGCGGACUUGGGGGGCAGGAGGGGGAGCACAGCCCCAUUGGGACCCCUAAGUUAUGGGGUGGGGGGGAGGAGGACCAGCAGCGCCCCAUUGGGAGCUAUGGGGAGUAGGGCGGACUUGGGGGGCAGGAGGGACAGCACGGCCCCAUUGGGACCCCCAAGUUAUGGGGCAGACUUGGGGGGCAGGACGGGGAGCACAUCCCCACUGGGACCCCUAAGUUGUGGGGCAGGAAUGGGGGCCAAGCAGGAGACUGUGGGGCUGCCCCAUAGCGAGGGGGACCCUGGAGCUGCUCUGCCCCACGGAUCUGCAGCUGCGACCCACAGCGUCGGCCUCACAUCGACCCAUGGCAGUGGGGCAGCUCUGCCCCAUAGUGGCGAUGCUCUGCCCCAUAGCAGUGAUGCUCUGCCCCAUAGCGGUGGUGCUCUGCCCCAUAGCAGUGGGGCAGCUCUGCCCCAUAGCGAUGAUGCUCUGCCCCAUAGCGGCGAUGCUCUGCCCCAUAGCGGCGAUGCUCUGCCCCAUAGCGGUGGUGCUCUGACCCAUAGCAGCGAUGCUCUGCCCCAUAGCAGCGAUGCUCCGCCCCAUAGCGGCGAUGCUCCGCCCCAUAGCAGUGGGGCAGCUCUGCCCCAUAGCAAUGAUGCUGUGCCCCAUAGCACUGGGGUUCUGCCCCAUAGCGGCGAUGCUGUGCCCCAUAGCAGUGAUGCUCCGCCCCAUAGCAGUGCGGCAGCUCUGCCCCAUAGCAGUGAUGCUGUGCCCCAUAGUAGUGCGGCAGCUCUGCCCCAUAGCAGUGAUGCUCUGCCCCAUAGCAGCGAUGCUUUGCCCCAUAGCAGUGGGGAAGCUCUGCCCCAUAGCGGCGAUGCUCUGCCCCAUAGCGGCGAUACUGUGCCCCAUAGCAGUGGGGCAACUCUGCCCCAUAGCUCCAGCCCCACUGCGCCCCACGGCGCUGCCCCGACCCCCCCAUGGUGUGGGGCGGCCCCCAACUCCCCACGUCCGCCCCAUAGGCGCCGUCCCAGCGGUCCGGCGGGGCGCGAAGUGGGGUCCUGAGCCCCACACUUGGGGGGCAGAGAUCGCCCCAUAGAUCUGAGAGAGGAAAUAAAGAGCUCGGAUGGAG